AUGUCGUGGAUACCACCAGAUCUGGCGAGCCUUUGUUCAGUACAUCCCACAGUGUCGACAUGUCAACCGUCCACGUUCAUAUUCCUGGCAUUCGUCGCCCGUCUUUUCGGCCAUUCGAAAGAUUCCCAUGAAAUCUUAUUCCACGAUAUCGAAUCACCGAACUCGUCCUGGGGAAUUACGUGUUCGGCCAAGAAGCUUCCGUGUUUCCGAGAAUACAACGACCACAGAAUCGUACGUUACAAAACGGGAAACAUUCCGUUUUCAAACGAUCCGCCGUCAGUGAAAUCAUCGUCCAGUUCGUGGUACAAACCGAGUCCGUAUUUUUCGGCCAAUUUCAAGGAUGAAAGCGAGGAAAGUACGCCCGUUAACGUGCAAACGGAUUCUGCCCGGUUUUAUAGUCCGCGAAUUGGGAUCGCUGGCCAAGGAAUUAUCACCGUGUCGAAAGUUUACGAUGACUUUCUUAUUCCGGAAGAUCGUAAUGCAGACACAGUUCCAUACGUGUCACCAAAUUUUGGAAACAAAUUCAGAGCACACGAUUACAACAUACAAGCACAGCAAAGGAUAACUGACAAUAGAGCAGAUGGACAGAAUUAUCAGCUACCUGGAACUUUUUCGUACAACGUCUGGAAACAAAGAAGUCGAACGAACGAUUAUAUCAGUGGGAAAAAUAUCGAUAACUUUUACUAUCCAAGGAAAUGGGUGGAUAACCAUGGAGCAAAGAAUUUUCCGACUGCGACAAAUCCAUUCGCUAAAGAGUACGAUUUUAUUAUCGUGGGGGCAGGAUCGGCUGGUUGCGUUCUUGCCAACAGGCUGAGUGAAGUUAGAAACUGGAAGAUAUUGCUCUUGGAAGCUGGCAUCGAAGAACCGGUGGUUGCCGAUAUUCCGGCGUUCGCCUCGAUGCUGCAAGCCAGUAACAUCGAUUGGAUGUACCGCACGCAACCGGAACAACACUCUUGUCGAUCCAGACGUGGCGGCAGUUGUGCGUGGGCAAGGGGCAAAGUAAUGGGUGGUUCCAGUACGGUGAAUUACAUGAUCUACAUCCGAGGAAACCCGAAAGAUUACGAUGACUGGGCCGAGAAGGGGAAUUAUGGAUGGAGUUACGGUGAAGUUCUACCAUAUUUUCUCAAAUCAGAAAACAACGAAGACCCGGAGGUCGUGAAGGAGAAUCCCCAUUACCAUGGCCAGGGGGGCUACCAGAACGUCGAGCGAUUUCCCCACCCCGACCCGAACACGGACAUCCUAAUAAACGCGUGGAUGGAACUCGGACACGAGUCAGUGGAUGCCAACACGGAAAGGCAGCUAGGCGUGAUGAGACUGCAAACGACUUCGGUUCACGGAAUGCGCCAAAGCACGAACGGCGCGUUCAUCAGACCGAUCCGCCGUAAACGAAAGAAUCUAACGAUCGAGACUAGGGCUCACGUCACCAGAAUCUUGAUAGAUGAAAGGACGAAACGCGCGACGGGCGUGGAGUACGUUUCAACCGAAACAGGAGUGACCAAAGUCGCUAUGACGCGAAAGGAGGUGAUCCUAUCCGGGGGCGCGAUCAAUUCACCCAAAUUGCUGAUGCUCUCCGGCGUAGGUCCUGCUCAGGAGUUACAGAGACACGGUAUCAAGGUCGUUAGCGAUUUACCAGUUGGGAAAAACCUCCAGGAUCACGUGACAAUGGACGGUUUGGUGAUCGCAGUGAACGGGACUGCGACGAGCAAGAAUAACCAAGCGAAGAUGGACGACAUCUUCCUCUAUCGGAAGACACGGAUGGGCCCCUUGUCCGCGACUGGACCUCUGUCCUGCGGAGUAUUCGUCCAGACGAUAUUCGAACAAAUACACGGCCUGCCUGAUAUUCAAUACAGCUUCGACGCAAGCAAUCAAAUGGACUAUAUCAACGACCCCGCGGAGUUUGGCGAAACAGCCGUUGAGCCUUUGGCUUAUUACGACGCCAUCAACAUUAGACCGAUUUUACUGGCACCAAGAAGCCGUGGUUUCCUGUUGCUUAACGACACGGAUCCUCUGUGGGGACCACCAUUGAUUUAUCCCAGAUCAUUUAUCGCCUAUCCAGACGCGGAGAUCAUGGUGGAGGGGAUAGAGGUCGCUCUGAACUUGUUCCGGACAAGGUCGUUCCGUGAACACGGACUGCGGCUGAUCGACGUGCCUUUGCCUGGUUGCAGACACUUUCGAUUCGGCACCAGAGAUUACUGGAAGUGCGUGGCGAUGGAGUACACCGCGACGAUUUAUCAUCCGGUGGGUACUUGCAAAAUGGGACCGAAAUGGGACCCGGAAGCGGUCGUGGAUCCAAGAUUAAGGGUGUACGGGGUCUUUGGCUUGAGGGUCGUCGACGCUUCGGUGAUGCCGAAAAUUGUUAGAGGGAACACGAACGCUCCGACUAUCAUGAUCGCGGAGAAAGCCAGCGAUAUGAUUAAGGAGGAAUGGCGAAUACGAGGACGAGGCAGAAGUCGCGACAACGGAUAUUCGAACAGACAAAACCGGAGAGAGCAGUAUGUUCACAGUGAAUUAGAGAAAUAUUCCCACACUAAGGAAUUGUUAACUGCCAAACGAUGA